CAGCUGACUAGAUGCGUUACGAGGCGUGGCUUCUCCCAGUUAGCUUUUAGAUUCCGGCCGGUCAGGUGAUUUCUCCAUACUCAUCGUCGCCAUGAGUGUGUUGCUCGUACUUUCUUGCGUUCUUGCAGCUGUUACUGCCUCUCCCUUGUUUGGGACUGAACAAUGUGCCGGUGGCCCAGUUAUCUGGUGUGAGAAUGUCCAGACUGCUUCCCAGUGCGGGGCGGUGAAGCACUGCCAGCAGACCGUUUGGAACAAGCCCACCUUGAAAUCUGUGCCAUGUGACCUGUGUAAGGAGGUAUUGACUAUUUUAGGGGGCUUUUUGAAAGACAAUGCUACAGAGAAUGAAUUUGAGGGUUAUUUGAAAAAAGUGUGCAGCUUAAUACCUGACCCUAGCAUUUCCUCUCCUUGUGAGCAGUUGGUUGAUGAGUACUUCCCUAUAAUCUUUAACAUAUUAAAAGAAGAACUGGAUAAUCCAUCCACCGUAUGUUCUGCUCUUGGUCUCUGCAAAAGUCUUCAGCAGUACUUGGCCAGCUUCAAACAACAUGAACAGAUCCAGAGCAACGAGAUUCCGGAAACGGACGCUCCUAAAAUGGUUUACCCUUUCCUGACCAAUAUUCCUUUACUACUCUACCCUCAAGGCAAAACUACUCCAGAGCCUAAAAAUGGGGAUGUUUGCAAAGAUUGUCUUCAGCUGAUUAAUGAUGUGCAGGACUCCAUCCGAAGCAAUUCCUCUUUUUCCAAGCAGUUGGUGGACCAAGUAUUGAAAGAUUGCGAUCAGCUUGGUGGUGGUCUCAGUGAUAUGUGCAAGACCUAUGUUAAACAGUAUUCCGAUAUUGCAAUCCAAGUACUGCUGCAAAUGAAACCAGAGCAGCUGUGUGCAUUGGUGGGGUUUUGUGACCAGAAGUCUGCUCCUCUACAGACACUUACCCCAGCUAAAGAAAUUAUUCCUGCUGCCAAAUUGCAGCCUGCAAUCCAAAUCAAACAGGAGGCCUCCUUUGAAACCAAUCCAAUUUGCGAAUUGUGCCAAAUCAUGGUACAGGAACUUGAAAGCCUCCUGGAAGACGAACGGACAGAGGAGAGCAUAGAGAAGGCUUUGGAGAAGGUCUGCAACAUAAUCCCUCACAAAUAUACCCAAAAAUGCAAGGACUUUGUGGAGACUUACAGCAAAGCCAUUAUCAGCCUGUUGGAGCAAGAAGUUAAUCCAAAGAUGAUUUGCUCAAUACUGGGGGUUUGUUCUGCCAGAGAGCACGCAAAGAUAGUGAAACUCAACCCCGAGAAGGUGAAAUCUGGUGGCAGUUGUCAAGUGUGCAAGAUGAUUGUGAAAUAUAUUGAUGAACUGUUGGAGAAAAAUGCUACUGAAUUAAAGAUUCAGGAUGCUCUCAAAAAAGUCUGCAACUUUCUGCCUGACAGUGUCCAAGAUGAGUGUCGUGCAUUGGUCGCAGAAUAUGAACCUAUGUUUGUGCAAAUCCUUUUGCAAGCGUUGGAACCAAGUUUUGUCUGCAUGAAAAUGAAUCUGUGUGACGGUGCCAAGAUACCUCUGCUAGGAACAGAAAAAUGCAUGAGGGGCCCUAGCUACUGGUGUAAGGACGUGAAUACUGCAACAGCUUGCAAUGCCAUAGAACACUGCAAGCGUCAUGUUUGGAACUAGUCUUAUCAAGAAUGAAGUACUGGCCAUAUGAAAGUAAAAUCUUCCCCCAUCUCAGCAUUUAUAUUCUUUUUGAACCUGUAAGCGUGCAGGUACUGCAUCCAGUGUGAAUUGUUAACGUGCUGUACAUAUUUGUUAAUUUGUAAUAGGUCUUUUAAAUUUUAAUAGCUUGAUGAUCACUACCAAGAGUUUGUAAAACAGGGUAUCUAUAGCUUUCUUCUUGCUCUGUUUAAAAUGUGCGAACUUGAGGCUUUAAAAUAGAUUUGGUUUCCUUUAGCCAAUGAUGGUUAUUUUUUGCCCCCUCCCCCAUGUUUUUGCAUGAUCAUUAUGAAUUAAGCCACUUCUUUGUGUUGCAGCCAGUUCAAAUUAGGUGUUAAUACUUGCUAGUUUAAAGCCAGUAGUUCAAAAUAGGUUUUUUGACUAAUAUCUCCCAGUUAAAAAUAAAUAAAUAACCAAAAUGGCUGGCCUUUGCUAAAUGCUAGUUGGUGUUGCCUUAAUGUGUAGCUUUCAUACUGUCUGAUAAGAUGAUUAGAUGUGUACAAUGUUAACACCCCCCAAAAAGGCACAGCAGCUGCAAUUGGUUUUACAGUCUCCUUUUUCAUUGGGAUGUUCAGUCACCCAGUUGUUACAUUUUUGAUGUAAUGGAUACAAUCAAAAUACACCUUUUCUUGCUUUUUGGUAUGACUGCUGUUUGAUGGAGAGAUAUAUAAUAUUUUUUUCUUCCCUGUCUGUUAAUUCAAUGCAGUUAGGUUAUUUAACAUGUCUUGGCAAAGCUGCUGUGAUUGAUAAUAAAUUCCCUUACCAAAAAACA